AUUUUUCAAUUUUCCUUUUUUUCUCCUUUUUUCCUCAUCAUUAUCGUCGUCGUGUCAAUCAAAAACCCUAAUUUCUUCCGAUUCAGUUUCAGCCUCGCAAAUUCUCUCUCCUCCCAUCUUUUUCCCCCAUUUCUCUCUCCUAAUUCCGACAAUAAUCCACACCUCUUGAUCUAUCCGUUGAUCUGUUCUUCGUUGGAUUCAAUUUUCUUUCUUCAACGAGGAUAUUAAGAUUACUUGUUAUUUCUUGGCAAGAUGUCAACGGUGUCCAAAUCUAAGUCCAAGGACAAAAAAGCAGGAAAGGAGCAGAAGACUCCUUCAAAGUCCUCUGCUUCUGUAAAUGCAGGUACUGGUCUACCUGCUAGUGCGUAUAAUCCACUGUUGGGGACUUUCCAUACUCUCGAGACUUCAUCUACAUACCUGGCUCCAACACUACAUGUAAAUGGUCGUUUCCGCAAUAUAGAUGACUCUGAUGAUCAUAGUGGGAGUUAUGGAAGUGGUGGUGAUUAUGAUUCUGCCUCCAACAAUGACAGUCGUUCGGUAGAGUCCGAAGAGCACAAUAAAGAGAAAUCUCUGAAGCAGGAGGUUAUCCCAGGUGCUGACAAUGACAAGCGGGAGAAGAUACGUCAGAAAAAUGAGAGGAAGCAUCAGCGUCAGAAGGAAAGGCGUGCCCAAGAAUUGCAUGAACGUUGCAGUGGUUAUCUUAUGUCCAGAAAGCUGGAGGCCCUUGCUCAGCAGCUUGUAUCCAUGGGAUUCUCUCAUGAACGGGCAACUAUGGCUCUUAUACUAAAUGAAGGUCGAGUUGAAGAAGCAGUCGCAUGGCUCUUUGAAGGAGGUGAAGAUGCUGAUAAGCAUAAAGAUCAAAAUCUUGACACGGGGAGCAAUUUGAAGAUUGAUAUAUCUGAAGAGCUUGCUCGGAUUGCUGAGUUGGAAAUAAAGUAUAAAUGCUUAAAACAAGAGGUUGAACGAGCCAUAGUGACCUGUGAAGGUGAUUUAGAGAAGGCUGAAGAAAAUUUGAGAUCUCAAAAACAGGAUCAACCUCUUAUCUUGCCAAAGCCAGAAGAAACUGGUGAUCCUCCAAUUUUUAAUAAUGGUAAGAUCCCUGUAGUGCCUAGUCCGAGCAAUGUAAGGCUGUUGCAACCGAAGCUCAAUUCAGCAUCUUUGUUACCCCAGAGAAGAGAUGAAAAAGAUUUUAACUACACUAAAGCUGCAGUUACUGGCAGCCUCGCACCCAAACCGGUGCCCAAAGUUGUUCAACCAGUUACAAGAGUGCAACCAAAGUUAGAGUGGGCAAGACCUCAGCAAAUCGCUACUCCAGCAGAGAAAAGAUGGCCAGUUGGAGCAGGGUCUAGCCCUUCAGUUUCGUAUUCUUUGGCACCACCUCUACAGGUAUCGCCUCCGCCGGCCAAGGCAGAAUCACGGUAUUCUACUGUUGGCAAUGAAUAUAAGAAUGUUCAGCCAGGAUCAGUUAGAGAGCCUGUAGUAAUGAUGCAGAGACCCCAGUCUGUAAAUGCCAAACCGGCCCCUGCAACAAGCAUUAGCUCUUCUCCACCAGGUACAGCUGCUGGGUGGUAUCCCACUAGUUCGGAGUUUUUAAAGCCGAAUGGGUUAUUGCCUCAUAUCCCUAGCACUAGAAGCCUUAGUCCAAACGACCUAACCUCAAACCAAUAUUAUCACCCUACACAGUAUCAGCAGCAGCAACAGCAACAUCAACAUCAACAGCAACAACAUCAGCAGCAACAUCAACAGCAGCAACAACAUCAGCAACAACAUCAACUAUUUAUGCCCUCCAGUAAUCCAAUGGAUAAUCCAGGGACCACUCGCAGCACCACAUCGUGGUCGAGGAUGGGCGGGUCUCCAACUCUCGCGGCUGCUUCUUCUCUGGGGCUUUUCUCUGGGGUGGGAUCAACCUGCUCAUCUGGAUCAAAUUCCCCGGUGGAUUGGAAUACUAGUGGCUCCAUGCCAUCAUGUGACUACACCAAUAUAGAUUGGAGCUUGGAUCGAAGUUUCCUUCCCUCGAAGCAAAAUGGGUUAUGGGUUGGGUUGGGUCCCUAUUCUAGGAGUGGGGCUCACAUGUAUGAUUCAGGAGCCUCUGCCAUGAGUGUUAAUCUGGCUAGGAGACCUUCACCUUCUUCCAAUGUGAAUGGUGUACCGAUGGUUGGGUUGCAAGACGGUGGAGCAGUUAUGGCUGAUUCAUCGGGUGGCAGUUCACGGGAGUGGACAUCUCCUUUCGAGGGGAAAGACCUCUUUAGCUUACCUAGACAGUUUGUUUCUUCUCCUUCACUGUAGGGUUGUGGUGGGGGAGAAGUUUCGUGAAUAAAAGUAAAAUUUCAAAAAAGAAAAGAAAAAGAAAGAACCCCCAGAAAGAUUGUGCUUUGAUUUGAUAUGUUGUUGGUUCUAAUGUUGCUCUUUGGUGGUUAGUUCUCAGUAAAAAAAGCUUCUAAAUUUUCUUUAUACUA